AUGGUUGAUUAUCCACCAUUGCCAAAUGCACCAUGCAAAAAGAACUGGCUCCUGAAAAUGAAUCUUGGAGGCGAAGCGGAACGUUUAAUACGACAUUUAGCUUUGUCGGAUUUAAACUACGCAGCGGCUUGGAAAUUAUUGCAAGACCGAUACAACAAUCCUCGGCUUCUAGUGGCAGCCUUCCUCAACAAAAUUCUGAGCCAACCAUCGCAAUCAUCAGACACAACAUCAGCCGCAACUCUAAAGUCAUUGCAUGACACCACACAAGAGUGUCUUUAUGGGUUGAAAAAUUUGGGAGUUGCGGUGGACACCUGGGAUCCACUAAUCCUCAGGAAAUUGGAUAAAACGACCCUCACAAUGUACGAGCAGUCGUUGGCAAAUCCUAAACAGUUGCAAUCGCUGGCCGAGUUUCUGCAAUUCCUAGAAACUCGUUUUCAGUCGCUGGAAGCGCUGGGUGCCAAGAAUAUUAAAGCGGAGGACAGCAAAAAGAAGCUACCAAGAACAACGAUGUCAGUCACUACCGUCAGCGUAGGUUGCACAAUGUGUAAAGAGGCGCAUCAACUCUUUGCAUGCAACGACUUUUUGCGUUUGUCACCCACGGAUCGUUUUCAUCAUCUCCGGAAACACAAGCUCUGCAUCAAUUGUUUGAAAGGUGGUCAUUUUGCAUCAUCUUGCUCUUCGAGAGGGUGUACGAAGUGCUCCAAGAAACACAACACCUUGGUUCACUUUAAGCCUCGGGAAGAAACAUCAUCGGACGACCAAACGCACAAUCUUGAGAAAAUUGCCUCGAGUCGAAAGCCUUCUAAGGCGGCAAGCGAGAAGGCUACAUUAACGGCGGUUAGCAACGAAAGCGAUGGACUUGACUGUUACGUGUUCCUUAGUACAGCAUUAGUUAACGAUGGAACUACAGUCAGCUGUCGAGUGAUCUUAGAUUCUGGCUCACAAGUCAACAUCGUAUCAGAGAGACUAUUGCGGAAAUUAAAUAUGCCGCUAGCAGCUAAUGCUAAGCCAAUGCGCCUACAAGGAGUGGGACAUUCGAAGCUGGAGACGCAUCGAAGAGUGAGCGUUGAGGUUCAAUCAGGAGUGACCAGGUAUUCAACGAGAGUUGAAGCAAUUGUUCUGCCUCAGAUCGUGGCGCCGCAGCCUUCGCGAAUGUUUGACGUCUCUUCAUGGAAUGUUCCUAAAAACAUUAAGCUAUCGCACCCAAGGUUCAAUGAAUCGAGACGAGUCGAUAUGCUAAUUGGAACAGAAUACUACCAUGAACUUUUGUGCGUUGGACAAAUCAAACUAGGGAAGAACUUGCCGCUGCUGCAGAACACGUUACUUGGAUGGAUAGUUACAGGAAAGCUGAAGGAAGGAGAUGCAUCUGUUGCUACAUGCGGCAUCUGCACGAUGGACGAACCUCUAGAGCGCAGUAUUGAGAGAUUUUGGCAACAAUGCGAAGAAAUGUUCAAUCAGAACACCAUGUUAAGCAAUAACCAGUUCACGGUAAGCUUGCCAUUCUCAGACAGUGCUGAGAAACUUGGAUCUUCAGCGGACAUCGCCAAGAGCAGAUUCUAUGCACUAGAACGCAAGCUUACAAAGAAUGGGGACUUGAGAAAGCAAUACACCAAAUUCAUGAAGGAGUAUCUCCACCUUGGUCACAUGAAGGAAGUCAACCCGGAUCAGAUACCUCACCCGCAUUAUUUCUUACCGCAUCAUUGCGUACUUAAACCAGAUAGUACCAGCACAAAAUUAAGGGUCGUAUUCGACGCAUCAGCAAAGACCUCUACGAACGUCUCCUUGAACGACAUAUUGCAUGUGGGACCAACCGUACGAGUCGCAACAGGGGUCUUAAAAACUAAGCCAAUUUGUAUCAUUGGGACAAGUGGAAAUCGGAAGGAAGAGCAUCAAAACGAUACUACACGUGAAGUGCUAUCGGUGACGAGAUUCACAAUGCUGAAUGUUUUCAUCAGCCGAAAACCCCAUGUACUUAUACGUAACUGGCACAUGACAUGUACUUCGAUAUAA